UGUAUAAAACAUGACCUGAGGCACAAAUGGGAUGGAGUUUUAUUAUUAAUCAAAUCACACUGUCCACACCAAACUACAGACAGAAAACCUCAUUCUUGCCAGAGAAACAGAACGACCUUCUUCCACAUCAAUCUGCAAUUAUUCUUUCCUGCCUGAAACAAUUCCAAGAUGGCCAAUCCAAAAUCAUGGGGUCAGUCAUUUGAGUUUCUCAUCAGAAGUGAAGAUGGUGUGAAACUGUUUAAGCAAUAUCUGAAAAGCCAAUUCUGUGAUGAGAACCUGGACUUUUGGCUUGCUGUAGAGAACUUUCGAGAUAAUGUAGAUGAUGAUGAACUCGCAAAGCAAGCUGGUAUCAUUGUGAAAACCUAUGUUUCUAAAAAGGCCACCCGUGCUGUAAAUCUCAAGGCCCCAAACAGAGAGAGAACCGUAAAAGCUGUUGAAGCAAAUGCUCAUAGAAAUGUCUUUGAUGAUGCCCAAAAGGAAAUCUAUGACUUCAUGCAACGGGAUCCCUACGUUCGAUUUUUGAAAUCUGAACAAUAUGCCAACGCAUGUGCAUAAGUGCUCAUUUAAAUUAAUAUACAUACAUAUAUAU